AUGAGCCGGGCGAAGGGGCCAAAGACCGGGCCAGGUAGCCGGGGGGGAAAGGGCGGCAAAGGGGCCAAGGUCGGGGCGGGGGCGAAGGGAGAUGCGGACAAGCACGACCCAGCUAAACCGAAGAAGGCUCGGAGCGCUUACAACUUUUACCUGCUCAAGCGGAUAGCCCAGCUUAAGGAGGAAGGUGUCGUGGAGCAGCACCGGGACCGUUUCGCCCAGGCGGCCGGCGAAUGGCGGGACAUGACCUUCGGCGAGCGGAUCCCGUACGAGGACAUGGCAAAGGCGGACAAGGAGCGGCACCAGAAGGACCUAGACAUCGCCACCAGGAACCUUAACGCGGCACUCCAUGGCACCGUUCCGAAGCACGGGCAGGGAAUGUGCUCCGCCAUCGGCUUCCCAGGGCUUAAGGCGCUGGCCGCGAACUCGCCUCACGAAGACGUCUGCGCGGUGUGCAAGGAGGAAGGGGACCUCCUUUGCUGCGACUUUUGCACCUCCACGUACCACCUGACCUGUCUGGACCCUCCCAUGCUAUCCCUGCCCUCGGACGAUGUCCAGUGGGCGUGCCCCGCUUGCUCCGCGAGCAUCGAGGUCGCCGAGAUGUCUGCGCCGCAGCUGAAGCCGAAAAGGGAGCGCAAGGACGGGCGGAAGCGGCAGCGGACGAGCACCGCCGCGGUGGCGGGGUCGUCAUCGCCCAGAGCCGGCGCUGAUGCCGGCGGCAACUUCACCAUCCCGAAGCUCAAGAAGCCGGGGAAAAAACGCAACAAGGCGGCGGCGGCGGCGGCCGGCGAAGAGGGUGAAGCGAAGUUGUCGCCGAGGAUAGUAAAGCGGGAGGAAGAGAAGGACGAACUGACGACGGCAGCGGCGGUCCUUGCAUCGAGCGCCAACUCGGCGAACAGGAACCGGAUGGUGAAGGCUCCCCAGAAGGCGGAAAUCUCGCCGCGGGUGGGGCUCGGGCUGACGGCUUCUACGGACGAGAUGUCGGCGGCGACGCUACGCUACCCGGACUUGAGCGGGAGCCGGAACAAUGACAAGAGCCCGACGAAGGCGAUGAUGUCUCUUGCCGUGGCUGCGGCGUCUGUGGCCGCAAACGAGGCGGCGAUCGCGGCUGCGGUGGCGGCGGCAGCGGCUGCGCCGGCGGCCGCUCCACCCCCGCCGCCCAAGGCCCUCGGCCUCAAGAAGUUGCUCCACCAGCGUGUCCAGCAUGACGAGGCUAACUCCAACCCCGCCUUCUCGCCCAAGAAGCUGCUCAAGCACCGCCUGCUGGCAGCGCAGCAAGCUACUACUACUACGUCUUCCGACCCGGCGCCUUCCCCUUCCCCCCCGGCGUCCAGUCCUAGCACGGGAGGAGGAGGAAAUAGCUACAGCCGUGGUUCGGAUGACGCUGGUUCUGCUGACAGGUACGCGGGGCAAUCCGGCGAGCGAGGGGCAAGCGGCGCCAAGUGGCGGCGGUCGGGCUUUGCCGGUGCGUAUGCGGGGGAUUCGGGCCGGAAUGCUGGGCCUUACGGCGGACGCGAGGCAAGAGGCAGUGACGAAAGGGACAGGAUCGCCGCCGAGGGCGAAUUGAACGGCAGGGUGCUGGCGGACGGCGCAGGGUACGGCAGGCGGAAUGGCACGGGCGGGAUGAACGACAACGUGGGUGGUCGGAGCGAAAACAACCGUGGGCGACACGCGGAUGAUGGCACCGCCGAGGGCAGUGGUGUUGGGGGUGGCGAUCGCGCUGCUUUGGACGGCGAGCGGCGUCGCAGAGCGGAACUUGGCGGCGGUGGUUAUGACGCGGGAAGGAAUGGGGAUGCCAAUGCCAACGGGGUACAUGGGAGGGAAGCUUCCCGCAGCGGUUGGGGAGCGGGGUCGUCCGGAGAGAGAAAUGGGAGGUUCGCCAAGGGCAUGAACAACCCCACCGACAAGUGGACGGGCGGGGGGGAAUCAGGAAGGAUGGACGCACCGCGGCAUCACGGUUUCAGCCCCGCUGGUUUCGAAGAAGAGGGCGGCCGUAGACAAGGCAGACAGCCGCAGUACCGCGGCGAUUCUUACUCAAGUGGCCAGGGAGACGCCACACAACAGCGCCGCGAUGACGGAGGAGGGGAGCGGCGCGACAAUAGCAGUUCCGGUGGGAGAGGCUACAACAACAAGGCUUCGGCCUUGGCGCCGCCGCCACCGCCGCCGCCACCGCACUGCUGGGACGGCGGCGGCGGCGGCCGGAGCAGUUGGCGACCCGACCGUCCGUCCGAGGGCAAACGAGAACCGGACGGGAGAACACAGCUGAGGGAAUCAGCAGGCAGGGGGGGCUUCACAGACGAGAGCCGUGAGCGUCAACGGAGGCCCCGCAGCCGAGAAGGAGAGUACGCUAACGGCGUGCCGCAGCCUGGCUCGUGCUCCAGGUCUGUCGACGACGAGCGGGACGGGAGAGGCCGGCCGCCGUGGGGGGGCAACGCGCUUAGGGGUGGCAGCCGCUCGCGUGCGGCCGAUGGCGGCGGCGACAGGGAGAGAGGGUUUUCCGCCGCCGGGAGGGCGGGCGGUCAACACUACGGCAGCAGCAACGGGAGGGUUGGAGAUUCCGCGGCCGCCGUCGCCGGUGGUGGUGGCCGUGGAGAGGGCGGGUCGUACGGCGGCGCGUGGUCUGAUCGGAAGCGUUCUCUGGAGAGGUUUGAGGGCCAGGACUGGUCUCACGGCUCCCCGAAGAAGGGGGUGCUUUUCGAGCGGAGAGCCGAGGUCGGCCUGCCCGCUGGGACGACGUGCGGCCGAACUCGGGCGGAGGCGGCAGCGGCGGAGGCCGGCCAGACAACAGAGAGCCUUCCCGGGAUUCCCGCGCCCCCGGCGAGGGUGGGUCAAGGGAAGGCCGCGGCAGCGACGCGCGGGUCUGCGGUACGGAGGCGUCCGUCGGAAGGGCUCGCGGCGGCGGCGGCGGCGGCGGCGAGCAGACGGCUGGCGCAUGGGGAGGUCAAGGGGGAGAGCGAAGUGAUCGGAGGGAUUCUGGGGGCAGCAGCACAAGGGCGCCCGAGCACGGCGGCGCUAGGGACGGGCCGUCGUCUAGCAGGGGCGGCUCGGAAGGGGCAGCGUGGCAAGACGCCGCGGGCGGUAGGGGGGGGCACCACAAUCACCACCGACAGGGCGGCGGCGGCGGCGGCGGCGGGGUCGGGGCGCGGGGUCGGGGCGCCGUCCGGGGGCAUUGGAAGGCUCGACUGGCGGGGGGGCGUGGUGGCAGCGAUUUCGCGCAGCGAGGCCACCACGGUGAAGGAGACCGUGCGCGUGAACCUUCUGUCGCCGCGCAGCAGAGCGGAGGGCGCGAUAACGGGUGGCCGGAGCGAGCCGGGGGGGGCAGCGCAGGCAGGAACGACGGCAAUGGCGGGGACCCCGCGGCCGGGUCGAGACAGGCGGGUAGGUCGGAAGAGCCGAGGGUUGCUGGCGGCCGAGCAGGGGAGAAGGGGCGUGAGGCGGGUGGUAGCGUCCACGCGCCGGGAAGCAGGUACGACUCGCAGGCGAGGGGAUCGAGCGCGGGUCUUGGCGGAAUAG